AUGGGAAAGGCCCCGAAAGAGCCAAAGGAACCCAAGGAGAAGAAGGUGAUCAAGCCCAAGGAGCCGGUGACACGCGACCACACCAUCCACCUGCACAAGCACAUGCAGGGGAUCGCUUUCAAGAAGAGGGCCCCUCGGGCUGUGCGCGUGGUGCGCCAGUUUGCCAGCAAGGUCAUGGGGACGAAGGACAUUCGCAUCGACACUAAGCUGAACAAGUUCCUUUGGAGCAACGGCAUCCGCAACGUGCCGCGCCGUGUGCGCGUGCGUUUGUCGCGAAAGCGCAAUGAGGACGAGGAAGCCAAGGAGAAGAUGUUUACCUUGGUGCAGCACGUGCCAGUUGAGAGCUUCAAGAACCUGCAGACGGAGAACGUUCGAGAUGAGAACGGCCUGAUGGACAAACAGCGCAUGCUUCUGUCGAGGCUUUCAGUGGGGCUGCUAGCGUCCCUGAUGAAGCUGCAGGGCUGCCGGGGCUACCAGCCGGUGGACUCCGGCCGCGCGAAGGAGGACCUGCGGGAGGUGCAGCGCACCAAGCUGAGCGCCGAGGCGCGGCUGGGAAGCUUGGGUGGGGCGGCCGGGCGCUGCUCGGCAGCAGAUGAAGGAGGACCUGCAGAGCUUCUGGAGCGAGCUCCGUAG